AUGGAGCCACGUCCUUUGCACAUAGCUAUGUAUCCAUGGCUGGCCAUGGGUCACCAAACAGCAUUCCUCCAUCUAUGCAACAAGUUGGCCAUAAGGGGUCACAGAAUCUCCUUCAUCACACCCACAAAAGCACAAGCCAAGUUGGAACCAUACAACUUGCAUCCUCACUUGAUCACAUUCGUUACCAUCACUGUUCCUCACGUUGAAGGUCUUCCCCCUGAUGCACAAACCACUGCAGAUGUCACUUACCCUUUGCAACCAAACAUCAUGACAGCCAUGGAUCUAACCAAAGAUGACAUAGAAACCCUUCUCACUGAUCUCAAACCUGAACUUGUUUUCUAUGACUUCACACAUUGGAUACCAACCUUGACCAAGAAAUUAGGCAUCAAGGCCGUGCACUAUUGCACUGCUAGCUCUGUCAUGAUUGGUUACACUCUUCCACCUGCUAGAUAUUACCAAGGGAUUGACCUAUCAGAAAGUGACCUCAUGGAACCCCCAGAAGGGUACCCUGACUCUUCCAUCAAGCUUCAUGCUCAUGAGGCUCGAGCCUUUGCCGGAAAAAGAAAGGACACGUUUGGGAGCGAUGUUCUCUUCUACGAUCGCCAGUUCAUAGCACUGAAUGAAGCUGAUGUGUUGGCAUACAGAACAUGCAGAGAAAUCGAAGGGCCUUAUCUUGAUUACAUUGGAAGCCAGUUCAAGAAGCCUGUGCUGGCUACUGGUCCAGUUAUUCUAGAGCCACCAACCUCUGAGUUGGAGGAAAAAUUCUCCACAUGGCUUGGAGGGUUUGAGGAAGGAUCGGUGGUUUAUUGUUGUUUUGGGAGUGAGUGCACUUUGAGGUUAGAGCAGUUCCAAGAGCUGGUGCUUGGUCUUGAGCUGACUGGCAUGCCAUUCUUGGCAGCAGUGAAGGCCCCAGUAGGGUUUGAGACAGUGGAAUCAGCAAUGCCUGAAGGGUUUGAAGAGAGGGUUAAAGGGAGAGGGUUUGUGUAUGGAGGUUGGGUUAUGCAACAGUUGAUUCUUGCACACCCUUCUGUGGGGUGUUUCAUCACACAUUGUGGUUCUGGUUCUUUGUCUGAGGCACUGGUGAACAAGUGUCAGUUGGUACUGCUGCCUAAUGUUGGUGAUCAGAUUCUGAAUGCAAGGAUGAUGGCCAACAACUUAGAGGUUGGUGUGGAAGUUGAGAAGGAUGAGAAUGGAAAUUACACAAAGGAGAGUGUGUGCAAAGCUGUGAGCAUUGUGAUGGAUGAGGAAAAUGAAACCAGCAAGAAGGUGAGAGAUAAUCACACUAAGCUCAGAGAGACCCUCCUUGACAUAAAUUUGGAGUCUUGUUAUCUUGACAACCUUUGCAGCAGACUCCAAGAGAUAGUUGAUGAAGGAGUUUAACUUCCAAC